UCAUGGGAAAGUUCCUGCGAGUCAAUGGCCAACAUGAACUUGCUCCUUCCUGCGACCACGUCUGGUUCUAAACUCUUGUUGUCUUCUCUCCUAUAAAGUUCCAACUCCAUCGUUCCCUCACAAGAAGAAGAGAGAGAGAGAGAGAGAGAGAGAGAGAGAGAGAGAGAGAGAGAGAGAGGGCGAUCUCCCGCUUUCGCCAUCCUCCCCUCUCUUUCUGCGUCCCAAGCAACCAGGAAGAGAUGGAGAAGCCCGUGUACUUGGCAGAACCAGUAGUUGUAUUGCUCUUCCUUCACGUACUGCUCAGCUCGAUCAUGGUGGCAAUUCAGAACUUGUCCCUCAGAUCAAUGUCCUUCCUGCACACCUACGUUGCUUGCUGCGCAUGCUUAUCAGCGGUUCCCGACGAGCAACAACCCCUGAGCAGUGCAGCAGGUGAAGCAAGAGGAGGUGACUGCAAUCUCCGGAUCGAAGACGUGCAGAUUAUUCUGGGAAGAAUGGGUUUAGGGGAGCAGCAGCUCCAGGAGAAGAUGGAGGACUUCGACCACCUCCCUGAUCUGUUCGCAGACGAGGAGCCGAGUCUGGAGGAGUUGAAACAGGCCUUCUCUGUUUUCGAUGAGAACGGCGAUGGGUUCAUCGACGCGGUGGAGCUGCAGACGGUUCUCGCCAAGCUCGGGAUCGCAGAAGCGUCGGAUUUAGAUGCAUGCCGGAGGAUGAUCGCAGCUCAUGAUCGAAAUCGCGACGGAAGGAUUGAUCUGAUCGACUUCGUUAAGUUCAUGGAGAUCAGCUUGUGCUGAAACAAGUUUUGUUCUUCUUCUUCUCCUCUUCUUUGCAUUGUUUCUUCUUCUGAGCUGUACAAAGAAGUGAUUGAGGAUGAAAUUUCAGGAAGAAUUGAAGUCA